AUGUCCCACCGCAUCAAAGAGUCAACCAACAGUACUUCCAAGGGAAUCAACAGCACAAUCAGCCACCAUACCAACCAGAGCACUACGGGCCGUCAGACUACCCUCAGCUUAGCCACGGUGGAGGACCUUCGAAUCAAAGAUAUAAUAGGCACCCCAAUGAAGGAGGCUCAGAAGGAGCAGAGGGCAGCGCUGGACAUGCUUACAAAGCAGUUAUCUCAAGUUGCCAUGUCGCUGGGAGAGCUGAGAGGCAACGAGGGGAAAAUCCCUGCUACGGUGCAACAGCCUGGGCGCGAGAACAUUAGUGAAGUCUCCCUGAGGUCAGGGAAGGUAUACCAGAGCCCCAGCCCACCUGCGGUACCAUCGGUAUCUAAGCCUGGACCAAGCCACGAAGAAGAAGGAGAAUCCAGUGGAGCUGAUCAAGCCAAAGGAAGGGACAAAAGGAAAGCGAAAAUGGGCGGCGAGACCUCAAGAAAAAGUCAAGGAGAAGAAGCUGAGAAGGUCAAGCCCUACCCAUAUCGUGGAAUGAUCACCAGGAAGAAAGAUGCCACGAUCGAUGUGGCCAAUCUAUUUAAAGACGUGGAAGUCAAUGUGCCACUCUUGUCGGCAUUAAAGAUGCCCCCAGUCAGUAAAUUCAUUAAGGACUACCUAGCGGGCAAGGUAAAUGAAGAAAGGAAAAUUAUUACAGAAGAAAAUGUCUCUGCAGUGAUCCAGCGGAGCGACCUCCCAUCAAAGAAAACUGACCCAGGGAUGUUCAUGCUCCCGAUUUCAAUUGGGGAUAUUCAAGUGGAGCACGCAAUGUGCGAUUUAGGGGAAUCCAUCAAUGUUCUGCCGUAUGCUAUCUACAAAAAGCUGGGAGAGGCCAAGCUCGUCGAUACUGAUAUCAUGAUACAGCUGGCCGACAGAUCUUGCAUUCACCCGGAGAGGAUUCUUGAAGAUGUAAUCGUGAAGGUGAACAAUUUUCUGUACCCAGCUGACUUCUUCGUCAUCAAGAUGACAGAGCCAGCAGCGAAGGAGUCCAGCGGAGUUCUGUUGGGAAGACCAUUCCUGUCGACGACCAGCACUAUAAUCGACGUCCGUAAUGGGACGAUCAGCCUAGAUUUCAACGGAGAGCAAUUCAUGUUCGACAUUGACGAAGCAAUGAAGAGGCCGGCAGACAGUGAGAAUGUGUACUCAGAGGACGUGACCGAACCGCUGAUGCAGGAGUAUCUGGAGGAGGAGUUCCUACUGAUAAGGCCCUAUUUCAUGCAUCGGUUUAGGGGUAAAAAGUACGCUACUUGA